AUGUGGCACAGAAACACGUGGAUUAACAGCAUCAAGUCCAAGAUACCGGACUGGGACGAACGCGAGUCAAUGAUCUACAGCAAGCUGUAUUCGACCGGCUUCUUUGUGCACGGCACCCAAAGGCAAGGACCGCCAUUCCUCCGGUUUGUCAAGUACGUGAUACCCGCACUUGUAGAGGCAGACACGUCCGACACCGAGACAAUGGACCGGAUCGAGGCUAUGGUGGCCUUCAUGGACCGCGCCAAAGAGUUUAACAAGCAACGAGCUCUCGAGCAGCCCAAGGUGUGCAGUCACUUGCAGGCCUGGCUGAAGUCUCUUGGGAGACGGAUCCGCGAGUCUCUCCCGCUCAAGAAGCGCUGA